AUGGCCGACGCUGAAGCGAGUACUGCAAUGGCAGACGAGGCCAGGCCCGACUCCAAGACGGUGCAGGUGCUGCGGGACAUGGCCAACCGUCUGCGCAUCCACUCCAUCAGGGCCACGUGCGCAUCAAGUUCUGGCCACCCCACCUCAUGUAGCAGUGCUGCCGAGAUCAUGUCUGUGCUGUUCUUCCACACAAUGAGGUAUAAACAGUCUGACCCGGAGAGCCCAGACAAUGACCGAUUCAUCCUGUCAAAGAGACUGUCGUUUGUUGAUGUGGCAACAGGAUGGUUUGGUCAGGGACUGGGGGCUGCAUGCGGGAUGGCAUAUACUGGCAAGUACUUUGACAAGGCCAGCUACCGGGUAUUCUGCCUCAUGGGAGAUGGCGAGUCCUCAGAAGGCUCCGUCUGGGAGGCAUUGGCCUUCGCUUCCUACUAUGGUCUGGACAAUCUGGUGGCAAUCUUUGAUGUGAAUCGCCUGGGACACAGUGGCGCCUUUCCUGCUGAGCACUGCAUAGAGAUCUAUAAGAAGCGCUGUGAAGCCUUUGGGUGGAAUACUUACGUGGUGGAUGGCCGUGAUGUGGAGGCUCUGUGCCAGGUAUUCUGGCAGGCAACUCAAGUGAAGAACAAGCCUACUGCUGUGGUUGCAAAGACUUUCAAGGGUCGUGGCAUGCCAAAUGUUGAAGAUGCAGAAAAUUGGUAUGGAAAGCCAAUGCCAAAAGAAAGAGCAGAUGCGAUUAUCAAAUUAAUUGAGAGCCAGAUACAGACCAAUAGGAACCUUGUACCAAAACCCCCUAUUGAGGAUUCACCUCAAAUCAGCAUCACAGAUAUCAAAAUGACCUCUCCACCUGCUUAUAAAGUUGGUGACAAGAUGGCUACUCGGAGAGCGUGUGGUUUAGCUUUGGCUAAGUUGGGCCAUGCAAAUGACAGAGUCAUUAUGCUGGAUGGUGACACCAAGAACUCUACCUUCUCUGAGAUGUUCAAGAAGGAGCACCCUGAGCGCUUUAUCGAAUGUUUUAUUGCUGAGCAGAACAUGGUGAGCGUGGCACUGGGCUGUGCCACCCGUGAUCGGACCAUUGCUUUUGCUAGCAGCUUUGCUGCCUUUUUGACCCGAGCAUUUGAUCAGAUCCGGAUGGGAGCCAUCUCUCAAGCCAACAUCAACCUCGUUGGCUCCCACUGUGGAAUAUCUGUUGGUGAAGAUGGCCCCUCCCAGAUGGCCCUGGAAGAUCUGGCCAUGUUCCGAGCCAUUCCCAACUGCACUGUUUUCUAUCCAAGUGACGCUGUCUCGACAGAGCAUGCUGUUUAUCUGGCAGCCAAUACCAAGGUCAUCCGCCACAGUGUCAAUGACAAAGUCACAGUUAUUUCAGCUGGAGUUACUCUGCAUGAAGCCUUAGCAGCUGCUGAUGAUCUUUCUAAAGAAGAUAUUCCUAUCCGUGUCAUCGACCUGUUUACCAUCAAACCCCUGGAUUCUGCCACCAUCGUUUCCAGUGCAAAAGCCACAGGCGGCCGAGUUGUCACAGUAGAGGAUCAUUACCCAGAAGGUGGCAUUGGAGAAGCUGUCUGUGCAGCCGUCUCCAUGGAGCCUGACAUCCUGGUUCAUCGGCUGGCAGUGUCGGGAAUGCCUCGGAGCGGGAAGCCGAUUGAGCUGCUGGAUGUGUUUGGAAUCAGUGCCAGACACAUUAUCGUGGCGGUGAAAUGCAUUUUAAAGAACUAA